CUGCUUUUGUAGGUAGAUGUAAAAGAGUUGAAUUAUGUUAAACAUCAUGGUCAAAGGGAUGCCUCAGAGAAAUCAAAGGAUUUGGAAAUACAAGGAGGUGAAGAUAGGAUGGAGAAGUACAGGAACAAACUCCACUUGUGGCAAGUAUUCUUGCACAAUCCAUCUGAAUGGUGGGAUAAUAGGAAAAAUAAGAGAAGUCCACAACAACCAGAUUUCAAGCAUAAGGAUACCGGUGAAUCUCUUUGGCUAAGUCCAAAUGAUCCUCCUUGGGUUAAAAGGCAACUUGAAUUGCUUGAUUCAAGAAUGGGAGAAGGCCUAGGCAAACAAGUAAGAUCUCAUUCUCGCGUUUCCACGUGGGUGUAUGAUGAGUAGAUAUAAAUCUGCAGGCAUUAAAGAAGAGUGGUUGUGUUAGUGGAGGUUUACUGCUUGGGCAGCCACUAAUUGAAGCAAACCAUAUUUUGGAAGUACAGGCCUAAUACAAAGUGGCAUUAAAUUUGCCCCUUUGUUACAACCAAUUUUGAAGGAAGUCAAUUAUAGGAAGCGGACUGGCUGAGUAAAACUUUGAAUGCAAGCUUCCAAAGCCAAGGUAAGGUAAUUGACCUGUUUACUUAUCUGAUUCAGUUAGAUUGAUUCUUUGUUUGGCAUAUUGAAUGUGAAUAAUCCCUGUUCAACAGAAGAAUCUAGAAAAUGAAACUAAUCUCCUGUAUAAUCUUCCCCAUGAUUAGUCCCCUGAAAUUUUCUUCAUUUUGAAACUCUAUCUUGCUUUGCAUGUUUUUUUGAACAAUCUACAAUUUGGGGAAGUGGGGAUCUUACUUUGCAUGUUGAGACUUGGUGAGUAUGUGCAUGAUAUGCCUGUUUAUCAUCAUCUUCCUGUUUUAUUACCCUGAUGUUGGUGGCUAUGGCUAGUAGUAGCCGCUGUUGCAUUCUGCUACUGGCCCCACACGUUUCGGCUCACAUCCAACAAUUCUACUUCUCUUUUUUCGAGAUUAGUUGGGGGCAAUAUGGUCAUUUCGCUAGUCAACGAGUCUCCUCAUUGGGGACAACCUUCGGCUCAAUUCUGGAAUCUUGACCCUGUGCCAUGUUGAUUGCAAUCUUCUAUAUGGACGACUUAUGCAUUGGAAAAUUUUGGUUUCUUUUCUUUUCUAUUUUGAUACUGAAAAAAAAGAAAAAAAAAGGAGUUGAUUCUCGUUUCAUUUUCUUCUUACAAUGGUAACAUAGCAUCAAUUAGGGUAAAUGUAUAUUAAAUUAUGCAUUCUACU